AUGACUGAGCAAAAUCAAAAACUAUCCCCUUCGCAUGAUGAACUAGAAGACCUCAUGCUUAGUUGUCGAUAUGGCGAUCUGGAGGACGUGCAGACAUUUGUCGACCGAUUCGGAUGGACGCCGCUCGACGAAGUAAGAGACGAGAGUGGGAAUACGAUACUACAUAUGAUUUGUGGGAAUGGACACCUUGAAUUGUUGAAUUUUGUGCUGCCAAAUAUCUCGCCAUCUCUUUUGGGAGUGGCAAAUACGUCUGGACAGUCGACGCCGCUUCACUGGGCAGCCAUCAACGCUCAUCUUUCCAUUGCCCAAGCUCUCAUCGCUCAUCCAAGUGGCCCAGGACCGCUCCUGAUCGAUGCGCACAACGCUGCCGGGCGGAGUCCCCUGGGCGAAGCAGAACUCGCGGGUGCGGACGAUGUCGCUAAGUGGUUUGUGGAGAAGAUGACGAUUGAUCAAAGUGGAGAAAUGAUGGAGACGGAAGCUGCAGAGGACGAGUUGCCUCCCAAUGAGCCAAAGACGGGUGCAGUAGAGGCAGACAAAGUGUCUGAGAAUGUAGAAAAGCUUUCUCUAAACUCGUGA